CCAGCUAGUUCGUGCCACCAAAAAAUGCAGGCCUGUUCAACGUGACAGUUCAAAAGGAACCAAGAUGUCGUUCAAACAGCUCACAAACAACACUAUCGCUAAGGCCUACAACCAUCUGUUUGUGGAACUAGCAGAUCCUCGCACCAACGACUGGUUCCUGAUCAGCAGCCCGAUCCCUGGGCUGACCAUCCUUUACCUGUACUUGAAGUUCGUGCGAACAUGGGGCCCUCGCUACAUGGCCGACAGGCCGCCCUUCCAGUUUCAGAAGACGCUCAUCGUGUACAACUUCUUGCAGGUGCUUGUUAGCUGCUGGCUGUUCCAUGAGGGUCUAGAUGCGGGCUGGCUCCGGACAUACAGUUGGAAAUGCCAACCCGUCGACUUCUCCGACAGCCCGGAAGCGAUGCGAGUGGCCCGAGGAGUCUACGUGUACUUCCUCGCGAAGAUGUCAGAGCUCCUGGACACGGUGUUCUUCGUGCUCCGCAAGAAGGACCGCCAGAUUACCUUCCUCCAUAUGUACCACCACACGGUUAUGCCCAUGAUAUCCUGGGGAGCGACUAAAUACUACCCCGGCGGGCACGGCACGCUCAUCGGCGUGAUCAACUCGUUCGUGCACAUCAUCAUGUACUCAUACUACAUGCUCGCCGCCAUGGGGCCCAAGUACCAGCGGCUGUGCUGGUGGAAGUCCUACAUCACUACUUUACAAAUGGUCCAGUUCUGCAUAGCGUUCCUCCACUCCUCCCAACUGCUCUUCUACGACUGCGGCUACCCUCGCUGGUCCGUCGUCUUCACUCUUCCCAACUCUAUCUUCUUCUACUACCUCUUCUGGGACUUCUAUGACAAAGCCUAUAAGAAACCUGACGCCAAUGGUGCUAAAUCUAACGGCCGCUUGAAAGAAAAUGGCGUCAAAGGUCAUCAAAAAAUUGAGAGCAAUGGGAUUAAGGACAGGAGUAAUGAUAAGAAAGUGAAGUGAAUUGUGUACUUUUUAUCGCGCACAAAAGAGCCAAGGCAGUUUAAACCCUGACUCUUGUCCUAUUUAGAAAAAAAGAAUGCAAAAGAAAGGUCAAAAAUUGUUGUUUGUGACCUAAAUUGCGUAAUGCAGCAAUUGAAUGAUAAGAAUUUCGUCUGCCUUGUAUAUCUACCAUUAUUUUAAAACAAUGAUUACCUAUUUUUGGUCGAUUACAACAUAAAAGGUUUUCCGUCAUAAAUGAGGAAUAUUUUACAGAUAAUUAGACCAAUUGCGCAUAAUAGUACCUUUACUUAAGAAGUCACCAUUUGAAUAAUUGCUUAAGACAACUAACAAAAAUCUUGAAAAAUUAUACUAAUACACGCCAUGUAGGUAGAUUUGUAAAUAUGUUAUUAUUCAGCAGUUUACAUAUUAAAGCACAAUUUUUGUUUACAUUGUACAUAAAGGCAUUUUAAAUAUAAAUUAGAAUGUUAUAAAUAUAACGCAUGCUCAAUGUACUUAUUUAAAAUGUAGUAUUAAUUGUAUAAUUGAUUAUAUCAUUUUACUGUGUACAUAUAUAACAAUGACCUCGAUGUCAAGUUUGGGAAGUUGUAGAGCCUGAUUUGAGCCCAAAAGUGUUCAUAAGUGACGAGGUCGCUCCAGGAUAUUAUGACUAGAAAAUAUAUUCAUUACGGGUCACUCAAGUUCACAAAUUCGAUUUAAAGAUCGUGAGUGACCCGUUACAUGUUUUGAUUUGAGUCGCCUAGAAGUUUUUUUACACAUGACACUCACAUCUGUUAUAUUUUAAAAUCUGUAGCUUAUAAUUCACGCUUACCGCUGUGAACAACACGCAAAAAUCAUUUGUAAUGAGAAAUAAUUUAGUGGCACAAAAACUAUAGCCUCUUGUGGAAAUUCAAAACGCACUGCCAUUGAAAAAAAAUCUUAAGUAGCUACCAGGCGCAGUGUGUUGCACUUAUCAUUUUAAUAACAAAAAGAUAAAAAUCUCGUCUCUUAAGCAUUGGUAUUGGUUUCAGAAUAUGAUGUACGCUUUAUCUUGUCGCCACCCAAGGGAUAAGCGCGACCAUAAAGCUGGCCAUACACGUUUCUGUAUAGAGGAUUUUCUGUAGAGCUUCGGUAUUUAAAUCGUAACGUCUAUGGCUUGCAAAACUUCCGUGAGACGGUGACAUAUUAAAUAUAAUAAACUGGGUCACUCACGUAUAUAAACUAUAUAGACCUAUACGUAUAGACUUUAUAUACGUGAGUGACUCGAUUUAAUAUAUUGAAUAUAUCUAUGACUAAACUGACACUCUACUGGUCGAGAAUGCCUAUUAGAACACAAAUACACAGAAUUCUUCUAUAAAUACCUAAGUGUAAGAUAAUAUUAAGAAAUUGUAGAUAGAUUUUUAAAUAUACUAAUGUAUACAAAUUCUUCCAAAGCGGGAUACAGGACUCUCUGCCUAUAGGAAUAAGGUGUUCUUUAGGGAAUUGCUACUGUUCAGAAAUUAUAUAGUCGAAUCGUGAACCAAUGUCACUUUUAUGGCUGGUUUUAGUUUUCUAUUUUUCCUGACAGUCUGUAUAAAGCCUGACAAGAUUCUAUUUGGCUAUGAGACAGUGUACAAGCAACUUACAUGUACCUAUAUAUGGCAAUAAUGUGCAUUAUGCGUACGUCAUAUAUUGUCUAAUAAAAUGUCAGUACCACUUGGUACCACUGAAAAUCUGCAAUAUGGAGAAGGCCAAAAAAAUCUUGUCUAAUCUAUAGAAAGGAAUUUAAUUUCAGUACCAUUACCAAAUUAUUAUUUUUCAUACAAUUUCGUACCUUGUCACAGUGAAAAUCAAUAUGAAAGUCGCUAGGGACCUCAUACUAUUGUCACUGUGACAAGGUACGAAAUUGUAUGAAAAAAAAAUAAUUUGGCUGUAGGACCGUAAAGGAGAAGAAUAAAACAGGCCCAUUUAAAGUAUUAGGUAUAUUAUAAUUUUUAAGCUGUCUUCCUAUUUCAAAAACAGCCUAAAGGCAUCAUUAUUUAAAUAACGUUUAAAUAAGUUUUUAUUUUAUUUGUGAAGACAACCGUCAAUUAGAUAUUAAAACGCUGCGAAUCUAAUUUUACCAUAUAAAUUGUUUUUUAUUUAUUUAUUUGAUUUAAUCAUACUUAAUGGAUUGUACACAAAUGUUUUACCUAUGUACGAAUCUUUUAAAGCGAUGUUCGGUAUUAAAAUGUUACGAGAA